CGUGGGGGAGGAGGAAGAGGUAAUAUUGUGUAGAGUCACGUGACCUGCUCUAAGCUAACCAAUUUUCCUUCUGUGAAUGGAGAAAAAGUUAAGGAAGGUCGAGGUCUAAAGUGUUCCAUUGCCGGGAUACCAUUCAAUCUACAGGACAUGUCCGAACCCAGCGCUCCUCCGGCCCCAGUUGCCGCCCCACCACCACCACCCCCUGUGGCCCCUAAAGUCUCAAAAUCCAUCCCCAAUUCUAUCAAGUUCCUUUUCGGUGGUCUUGCUGGAAUGGGUGCCACUUGUUUUGUCCAACCUCUUGACCUUGUUAAAAAUAGAAUGCAGCUCAGUGGUGAAGGUGGUAAAGCAAGAGAACACAAAACCAGUUUUCAUGCCAUUCGAAGUAUCUUAAAGAAUGAAGGCCUUACUGGUAUGUACACAGGAUUGUCUGCUGGACUUCUUCGUCAAGCAUCCUAUACCACAACACGUCUCGGCAUCUACACCAUGCUUUUCGAUAAAUUUUCAUCUGGUGACAAACCCCCUGGUUUCUUCACAAAGGCAGGUAUCGGAAUGACAGCUGGGGCAAUUGGUGCCUUUGUUGGUACACCUGCUGAGAUCUCUCUCAUUCGAAUGACUGCUGAUGGCAGGUUACCUGUAGAUCAACAAAGAGGUUACACCAACGUAUUCAAUGCCCUCUUCCGUAUCACCAAAGAAGAAGGAUUGCUAACACUAUGGAGGGGUUGUAUUCCGACCGUGACUCGAGCCAUGGUGGUGAAUGCUGCACAGCUAGCAUCAUAUUCUCAGGCGAAACAGUUCCUUUUGUCAACAGCGUACUUCUCUGAUAACAUCAUGUGUCAUUUCGGGGCCAGUAUGAUCAGUGGUCUUGUUACUACAGCAGCAUCAAUGCCAGUAGACAUUGCAAAGACCAGAAUUCAGAACAUGAAAAUUAUAGAUGGUGUGCCAGAAUAUAAAGGAGCAUUGGAUGUCUUUCUCAAAGUAAUUCGCUCAGAAGGAUUAUUAAGCUUAUGGAAGGGUUUCACUCCAUAUUAUGCCAGACUUGGUCCUCAUACAGUUCUCACUUUUAUUUUCCUGGAACAAAUGAACAAGAUGUAUCGCAGAAUUGUUAUGAACGAUCUGGAAGGACGCAGUGGUUUGUAGUGUUUAACAAUUGGCAGCUGAACCAUCAGUUGUCAAUUGUUUACAGCAUAAUACUUGUCUGGAGUUGUUGAAAAAAGAAGAAAAAAAACUGAUACACACUUGUAUACUCACACAAUGUAUGUAUAUAUUUAUGUAUACUUGCAUACAUUAACACACACAUACCAUAUAAGUGGGUUCAAAGUCAUACCUGAUCAGCGAAGUAUGACCCUGUUAAAGUGAUUGAACUUUUGAUGUUUAGAAUUAAAUUGAUUUUGUGGUAAAUACUAAAAAGCGGGGGGGGGGGAUGGAAAAAAAAAAAUCACUCCGGGUUUCAUUGUCUGUAGGAGGGUGGGGUGUAAUACUAAAAAUGUGGAUUGAAAAAAAUUAUUCAGUAGAACAAUUUGUUUUGUAAUUUCUACAGCUUAUGGUUUAUUAGAAAGGGGUGGGGAAAAAAAUUGGAUAACAUUAACAAUUUGAAAGGAAUCGAAAGACUUAAUGAUCAUAUCUAAUGAACAUGUACUUUUGUGUGCCUUUUUACCAUACACAGAUGGCUUUUUAAUCAGGAAUUUUUUCAGGUCUUCCUGCUGCGGUGUCCCUUACCAAAUGUCUAUCUUAUAUUUGUUCAACAUCAUGAUUUCUGUGAAUUUCAUGUCAUCGUAAGCAGAGAAACCAUGACAAUAUACACCCAUUCCUGAUUCCUCAGUGAAAAACCAUCCCUCCAGUUCAUAUACGCUUACCAGCCUAACUUCCGAAGGCAACUAAAGUAGAAAGUGUCCGACUAAUAGCAUCCCUAUUUAAUGAUUUUAGUCCAGUAUUUAUUUUGUGUAGCUCUAAUAUUUCUUAGACUCAGUAAAUUUUCAAAUAAAGUAUUUUUUUUUAAAUGC